CAUCAAACGUUUGAGCCAACGGAAAUGUUAUCGUAUAUUGGGUCCACGGUACCGUGCACCGUAUAGACCCCCAAACGGUCAUAUACGCCAGAUAAUUGUCGUGUAUCUGCCAACACUGUAGCAGCUCGAGGGACGGGAGCGAACUCCAAAUCCCAGAGAUCUCCGCUUCCGUCAAACUGGAGCUUUAGGAACAUGGCAGCGCCGUCCAGCAGCACAUGUGAUGGAGCCAUGGCGCGCUCGUUCCGGGAGCGGGUCCCGCCGCUGCUCACCGACCUGUACCAGUUCACCAUGGCCUACGCGUACUGGCGGGCCGGCCGGCACCAGGAGCCGGCCGUGUUCGAGCUCUUCUUCAGGGACAACCCGUUCGGCGGCGGCUUCUCGCUGUUCGCCGGUUUGGACGACUGCCUGCUGUUCCUGCGCAGCUUUCGCUUCACAGACGAAGAUGUGGAGUUCCUCUGCUCGGUCCUGCCCGCGACCACCGACCCAGCGUUCUUCCAGUUCCUGCGAGGUCUGGACUGCUCAGGUGUCACACUCCGCUCCGUCCCAGAGGGCACCGUCGUGUUUGCCAGGGUGCCUCUGAUGGAGGUGGCCGGACCGCUGGCUGUGGUGCAACUGCUGGAGACCAGUUUACUGUGUCUGGUCAACUACGCCAGCUUGGUUUGCAGCAACGCUGCUCGCUUCCGCCUGGCAGCUGGUCCACAGAGGAAGCUGCUGGAGCUGGGCCUCAGGAGAGCUCAGGGUCCAGACGGAGGCCUCACGGCCUCACGGUACACACACAUUGGAGGGUUUGAUCUCACCAGUAACGUCCAGGCUGGCUUCCUGUUUGGGAUCCCCGUCGCGGGGACCAUGGCGCACUCGUACGUCACUUCCUUUAACUCCCUGGAGGAGGUGUGGCCACGAACUCUGGCGGCUGCGGAUGGAGACCUCGACCCCGUCGACUUCAUUUCCUUAACAAAAGGCUGGCUGAGUCGCGUGUGCGAGAUUGUGGGAGCUGAGCCUGCGAAGAUCCGAGAGGGCGAGUUGGCCGCCUUCCUGUCCUACGCCAUCGCCUACCCCAACAACUUCCUGCCUGUGAUCGACAGCUACAGCGUCGGCUGUAGCGGCCUCCUGAACUUCUGUGCCGUGGCUCUGGCGCUGUGUGAACUGGGCCACAGGCCCGUGGGAGUUCGUCUGGACAGCGGGGACCUGUGCAGGCAGUCGGUCAGCGUCCGUGGCGUCUUCAGACUCUGCAGCCAGCACUUCUCCGUUCCUGAUUUUAAUUCUCUUAUCAUUGUUGGCACCAAUAACAUCUCCGAGCAGAGCAUGAUUGAGCUCAACGGGAAGGAGAACGAGAUCGACGUGGUUGGAGUCGGGACACAUCUGGUCACGUGCACGAAGCAGCCUUCGCUGGGCUGCGUGUAUAAGCUGGUGGAGGUGAGAGGAAAACCCAGGAUGAAGAUCAGCGAGGACCCCGAGAAAAGCACCGUCCCUGGGAGGAAGGCCGUGUACCGGCUGCUCGACGCAGAGGGUCACCCUUUUCUGGACCUGGUGUGUUUGGCAGUGGAGCCUCCUCCAGAACCAGGAGUCCCGCUGAGCUGUUACCCUAUGGGGGCUCAGACCUCCUCUGUCUCAGUCACUCCAGCUCAGGUCCGCAGCCUGUACCUGGAGGCGUUCACCACAGGACAGGUCUCACACCCUCUGAGCAGUGCCGCAGAAACUAGAGCAAAGGUCCAGACCUCCCUCCAGACGCUGCACCCACGACACAAGAGGCUGCAGGAUCCUGAGUCGUACACGGUGGCUCUGUCAGAAAGACUCCAGAACCUGGUCUCAGAGCUCCGACGAGGCAGCAGCAACAACAGCAACUUCCUUUUGUCCAACUGAAGAUAGUCCUGCUGAGGCAUCACUUUUUAAACUCUAGUUUUCCUAAGUGAACCUGAACGCACCGUUCUCUCCAAGAACAUGAAGUCAGUGUUGGCCUUUAUCUGAUCCUCUGCCUGAACGAUGUUCACAGGUUAAAAAGAACAAGAAAUGAAUCGGGAGCAGACGACGAGAAAGGAAAGUUUUAGUCAAGUUUUUUCUGUUUUGGUUAUUUCUACCAGAAACUGCUGAACUAUUUAAACAGUCCUGCACAAUCACCCACAUGUGCUGCAUCGACCUGAUGUGGACGUUUACAGUGAGCCGUCUAAUCAGCCUCACCUCUGUACUACUUCUUUUGUGGUUAAAGACAACAUCUGUCGAUUGAAAUGUAAACAAACGUCUCUCAGAGCAAAACCGUUCAACCGGUUUUUUACUAAAGGUAUUUUAUCAUAAGCUACAGACUAACAGACGAGCUGCCUGCUUCUAUUCACAGACUGUUUGUGAACUUUCCUCGUGUUUGUAAGUGUAGAAAUUAAACAAUCAGUAAAAAAGUUCA